AUGUCUCCUUCACGCAGAUGGCCAAGACUCACGACGAGGAAAACCUGCCGUCCCCAGACCCAGACCUAUUUGCCAUCCAGUAAUACCAAACUUCAAAAUCCAACACUUCAACCACAGUUAGAAAAUUAUAUUACUUCCUUCCAAGUGUCACUCACCCUACCCUUUGCACAACCGCAACCGCGCCAGUUUGACUCGUUCCUUUCAUCUGGUUACCUUUGUCGAAUCCUCGGCCAUUCUCGAUUCACUGCUAUGUGGCGCAAUCCCUCGACCAUGGACACAGCAAACAUAGUUCAUAGGCGAUGGGGGUUUCUCCUGGUGUAG